GAGUUCUGCUCAUGUAAAUUGCUUCCUAAUACCGCUCAUACCGCUUUAAAACCGAUAAAACCAACCUGCAGCACUAUACAAUUUCAUGAAAUUAUUAAACGCAGAAUCCGUGCCGGUAGAGAUUGCAACAUUGGAAGUAAUCAUUUAAUUUUAUCGAUUAGCAACCAAAACUUGAGUUUCAUCUGUUUUCUUGGUGUGACGUCAGUACCAAGAGUUAUUUAACAAUUAAUUAGUCGAGGUUUGAAAGUAGAUUUUUCGUACCGUCUGAAAGCCUUUCCAUAUUUGGAAAUAAUAUGUAUAUUAAACAGGUAAUAAUACAGGGUUUCAAAAGUUAUCGUGAUCAAACAGUCGUUGAGCCCUUUGAUAAAAGGCAUAAUGUAGUUGUAGGUAGAAAUGGCUCUGGGAAGAGUAAUUUUUUUUAUGCCAUACAGUUUGUACUGAGUGAUGAAUUUUCUCAUUUGCGCCCAGAGGAGAGGCAAUCCAUGCUGCAUGAAGGCACUGGGCCAAGAUCUGUCCAUGCCUAUGUUGAGAUUAUUUUUGAUAAUUCUGAUAAUAGAGUGCCAAUUGAUCAAGAUGAGAUUUUUCUGAGAAGAGUAAUUGGAGCCAAGAAGGAUCAAUAUUUCUUAAACAAAAAGGUUGUGCCCAGAAGUGAGGUCAUGAAUUUGCUAGAGUCAGCAGGAUUCUCUAAUUCGAAUCCUUAUUAUAUCGUAAAGCAAGGAAAAAUCAAUCAAAUGGCGACAUCUCCAGAUUCCCAUCGUUUGAAAUUAUUACGCGAAGUGGCGGGAACUAGAGUGUAUGACGAGAGACGCGACGAGUCUAUGGGGAUUUUAAGAGAAACCGAAGGAAAGGUCGAAAAAAUUGUAGAAUUUCUGCGUACAAUCGAGGAUCGUUUGAGUACUUUGGAAGAGGAGAAGGAAGAGUUAAAGCAGUAUCAACAUCACGAUAGAAAUCGACGUGCCUUAGAGUACAUUAUACACGAAGUGGAAUUGAAUGAGAAUAAGCAUAAAUUGUCAUCUUUGGAGAGGCAGAGAGAGGAAUCUGGUUCUGAGCAGGAAAAGCUGGCAGGAAAUUUGAAAAAAGCACAAGAUCAGAUUAAAACUAUCUCUCGUAAAUUAAAAGAAACCAAAAAAGCGCUCGUAUCGAUGAAGGAUGAACGCGACAUCAUGAACACAGAUAACCAAUAUUUAAUCAAAGAUAAAGCUAAAUUGGAUCUGACCAUAAAGGAUCUUUCGGAGGAGGUGCAGGGUGAUAAUAAAUCUAAGGAGCGCGCAGAACACGAGUUAAUACGCUUGGAGAAUAAUAUUAAGGAAAAGGAGGCUGAACUGGAAAAGGUGAAGCCGCAAUACGAGGCAAUGAAAAAAAAGGAGGAGGAAUGCACAAGGGAACUGAGUUUGAAGGAACAAAAACGUAAAGAGCUGUAUGCCAAGCAAGGCAGGGGCAGUCAAUUUACGUCGAAGGAUGACCGCGAUCGUUGGAUACAGAAUGAAUUGAAGUCUUUGAAUAAACAGCUGAAAGAUAAACGCGACCACAGAGACAAGUUAACUGAAGACUUAAAACGCGACGCAGCUAAACAGAUUGAACUAAAUAAGAGGAUCGAAGAGCAGACACAAGAGAUGGAACGACAACGGAUUUGCAUCGAUGAACAUAACAAAGCUUGUUACGAGUUGCGCAAAAAUAAGGAUCAAUAUCAAACUACGAGAAAUGAACUGUGGCGGAAAGAAAAUAAUGUACAACAGAAUAGGGCUUCAUUGAAGGAUGAGCUGGAGAGAGCUGAUCAAUCGUUGAGAGCUAUGGCAGGAAAAGCAAUCUUAAACGGUCGAGACUCUGUUAGGAAAGUUUUGGAGACGUUCAUAAGAAGCGGAGGAGAUGACGCAGAGAUCGCCCGGUCAUAUUAUGGACCGGUAAUUGAAAAUUUCAAUUGCGAUCAGUCAAUUUACACGGCCGUUGAAGUUACAGCAGGCAAUCGUCUGUUUCAUCAUGUCAUCGAAUCCGAUCGAAUCGGAACUCAGAUACUUAAAGAGAUGAAUAGGCAGAAGUUACCCGGUGAAGUCACAUUCAUGCCACUUAACAGGUUAAAUUCCAAGUUGAAAGAAUACCCACAAGACGCUGAUGCCAUACCAAUGGUAUCGAAAUUAUUGUACGACGAGAAAUACGAUAAGGCAUUGCGUUUUCUCUUCGGUAAAACACUGAUUUGCCGUAACUUAGAUGUGGCCACAAAGUUGGCAAGGACUACGGGAUUAGAUUGCGUCACUUUAGAGGGAGAUCAAGUCUCCUCGAACGGUUCGAUCUCCGGUGGUUACUUCAACCCAUCACGAUCUCGUCUGGAAAUGCAGAAAGCCCGCACCGAGUUGAUAGAUCAAAUUAAGCAGUGCGAGGAUGAGCUGCAAUCGCUUAGAGAUGAUCUGUCCAUCACAGAAACUAGCAUCAACAACGUCGUCAGCGAAAUGCAAAAAACGGAGACCAAAACAUCGAAGGCCAAGGCGAUUUUUGACAAAGUCAAAGGAGAUUUGCGUUUGAUGAAAGAGGAAUUGGCCAGCAUUGAGCGGUUCCGUACACCGAAAGAGCGCUCAUUAGCGCAAUGUAAGUCUAAUUUAGAAGCCAUGCAGACCACCAAGGAAGGUCUCGAAUCAGAGUUGCAUCAAGAACUUCUAUCCCAGUUGUCUGUUGCCGAUCAAGCGCAAGUCGAUUCAUUGAAUGAUGACAUUCAACGGUUGCAGCGCGAAAACAAGGAGGCUUUCUCAAUGCGCAUGAAAUUGGAGGCGGAGAAAAACAAGUUAGAUAAUUUGCUAACGAAUAAUUUAAUUAGGAGACGCGAUGAAGUUUUACACGCCCUUCAGGAAAUAUCACUGGAGGAUCGCAAGCGACAACUGCAAAACUCUAAAGCAGACUUAGAGGAGACCGAUAGAAAGUUGGAGAAGUCCAACAAUGACUUAAUAUCUAUCGAUGUGAAGAUCAAGGAUAUCACUAAGAAAAUGAAACACGAGGAUUCGGAAUUGGAUAAGCUUAAGAAAAUUGAGAAGGAUGCUCAGGAUAGAAUCGAUGAAGACGCGAAGCAUUUGGAAAAGUAUGCCAAUAAACAAAAUUUAUUAGAGCAGAAAGUCUCUGAAUGUGUGGAGAAGAUUAACCAAUUGGGAGCGAUACCAUCUCAAGAUCUUUAUACGCAGUAUCACAAGAUGUCAUCGAGGGCAUUAUUCAGAGAGCUGGAGAAGACUAAUAACCAUUUGAAAAAAUUCAGUCAUGUCAACAAAAAGGCGCUCGACCAGUUCAUGAGUUUCUCAGAUCAAAAAGAGAAGCUGCAGAAACGCAAGGAGGAACUGGACAGAGGUGACGAGAAGAUCAAAGAACUGCUGGCUAUGCUGGAAACCAGGAAAAUGGAAGCGAUUCAGUUUACUUUCAAACAGAUCUCCAAGUACUUCACACAAGUAUUCAAGAAAUUGGUACCGGCAGGCAAGGGUAAAUUGAUACUAAAAACGGUAGAUAACGAUGAAGGCAGGGAAAUCGGACCGGAGGAUACAAAUGCUGACGUGUUCACCGGGAUCGGAAUAAAGGUGUCUUUCACAGACUCUGAUGCGGAGAUGAGGGAAAUGAACCAGCUGUCAGGUGGGCAGAAGUCUCUAGUCGCAUUAGCUUUGAUCUUCGCCAUUCAGAAAUGUGAUCCGGCUCCGUUCUACCUUUUCGAUGAGAUCGACCAAGCAUUGGACGCGCAGCAUAGAAAGGCCGUAGCCAAUAUGAUCCACGAAUUAACGGGAGAAGCGCAGUUUAUCACGACCACUUUCAGGCCUGAACUGUUGGAGCAUGCCAACAAAUAUUACGGAGUUAAGUUUAGGAAUAAGGUCAGCCAUGUCGAGUGCGUUAGCAAGGAUGUAGCUAGAGAUUUCGUUGAAGAUGAUCAAACGCAUGGUUGAGGCGUACAUAAGGCUUUAAUAAUAAUUAAUUCCUACUUUAAAAGUCAUCAAAAUAUAAUACUAAUUAUUCUUAUUGAAACAGUCACAUAACCAAAUAUAAAAUUAAAAUAUUUAUAUAACCAUACUAAUAAAAGAAAAACAUAAUUAACUAUUAUUAGCUAUUUAAUGCGGUUUACCCAGGAAUAGCA